AUGGUGCCGAUAGAAGCAAAGAACUCGGCCAUGGGAUUCCCACAGCCCUUGCCACGGAUUCCCCCUGCAGAUGAGAUUAUCCCAGCCAUCGACAGGAUUAUUGCUCGGUUCCAGGCAGCCCGAGAUUCGAUACUCGAAAACGUGACAGUGGAAAAUGCGUCAUUUGAUACUGUUAUGGGUCCGGUAGCCAAUGUUGAAAAUGAAACAAUCGGCGAGAUUGGCGUCCUCUGGAUGCUCCAGUACGGGGCGCCGGACAGGGCCACGCAGGACGUUUUUGCCCAAGCGCGGCAGCGUUUUAUCAAGGCAGAAGCGUCCUGGAACUCUAGCGACAACAUGUACACGCUUCUUCUCGCCGCGAGGAACAAGGCCGAGCCUCUCGACGAAGAGUCUCAGCUGCUGCUCGACAAAACCUUGCUGCAGUACAAGUUGGCCGGCUGCGGUAUCACGGGGCAGGAACAAAAGCAAAAGUUUGUCCAAGAUUCACUGGACCUGGACGCCCUCCUGGUCAGGGUGCAACGCAACAUAUCGCAAGAGUCUGGGGGCGUCGAGUUUGCCAACGAAGACCUGCAAGACCUGCCCGCCCAUGAGCUCGACCGCCUCCAAAAGCAUCAACAGAGUGCAACGACAUUCGUGCCCUUUUCGAAUGGUGGAACCGAUGCGGUCUUGACAUUCGCGAGCAACCCUGGGAUCCGCAAGAGAAUGUACAUUGCAGACCAGAACAAAUUACAGAGUAACAUUCCUCUCAUGCAGGACAUCGUGGCGAGAAGGCAUGAGCUGGCUGAGCGCCUUGGAUAUCGAAGCCAUGGCGAGCGGCGCAUGGAGACUCGACUACUGAAAAGUCCGGCGCAAGUCCGCCAACUCUUGGAGCAACUCACCGAUGGCUUGAUGAAGCGCGGGCGGCUGGAGCUGGACUUGCUCCUGAAAACGAGACUGGCGGACCUCCAAAAGCUCGAUAGUAAUACCGGCGACAAGCAAAAUGCUGGCUUCCCGCCAUGGGAUCUCAAGUACUAUCAGCGUCUCGUCCGCAAGGAGCGCAAAAUUGACGAAUUUCUGAUAUCUGAGUAUUUCCCACUUGAGACAGCCAUUCCCGCCAUGCUGCGCGUCUUUGAGACAGCGAUGGGCCUUCAAUUUGUGGAAAUCCCAAAGAGUGAGAUGAGCGACUCCAACCUGUGGCACGAAACAGUCACUGUGUUUGGGGUCUGGGAUAAGCCCCGCGACGAUCAAAACUUCGUUGGCUAUCUGUACUUUGACCUUCUUUGGAGAGAACACAAGUUUCGCGGCGGUCAUAAUGUGACCAUGGAAUUUGGAUUUGAACAGUCAAAUGGUCAGAGGAAAUAUCCAUCCACGAUAGUGAUGACGGCAUUUCCAGCAGCCAAAGACGACGGUUGCGUUCUGCUCAAGCACCACCAACUCCUCACCCUCUUUCACGAGCUCGGGCACGCCGUGCACAGUCUGGUAUCCAGGACGACAUACUCGAGAUUCCACGGUACAAGUCUCCCUCCAGACUUUGUGGAGAUUCCGAGCCUCAUGCUGGAGAAUUGGUGCUGGGUGCCGAGCAUGCUGCAGUCGAUGAGCACGCACUACAGUUAUCUGCGACCAGAGUAUCGCGAAAAAUGGAAGCGCGAGAACCCCGACACGCCGGACCCGUCGAAGCAACUCCCAGCAAACUUGGCCCAUGCCCUAGCCAAGCACCGAUAUGCAGAUGCCGGGCUAUUUUAUUCACGACAGCUGAGCAUCUCCCUCUUCGACCUCGAGAUACACAGCCCGAAAAGCGCGCAGGCGGCGAAGAAUCUCAAUGUACAGAAGCUGUGGUAUGACAUUCGACAAAAGACGGAAGGGCUGGAUUUUACAGACGUCAAAGCAACCGGGUCUGAGCUGGUCGCAUUCAACCAUCUCGUAGGCGGCUACGACAUGGCGUACUACUCCUAUCUCUGCUGCUCGUCGCUGGCGCAGGACCUCUUCGAGAGUGUCUUCGCCGCGGACCCGAUGAGCGUCGACGCCUGGGCGCGGUACCGCCGCACGCUGCUCCUGCCAGGCGGUGGGCGCGCCGAUUUGAUGCAGCUUCUGGAGGACAUGCUGGGUCACCCUCCGAAUACAGGUGCUUUGAUUAAGGUGCUGGAGAGUGCGAACCUGUAA